GUAGAAUUUACUCUGCUUUAUGAAUGCAAUCUUACAUAUUUACAUAUAUGAUCAUUAUUAUUGUAUAUAUAGGUCAUGUAGAUUACGUCUGCCAUACCGGGUUACUAUAACAGACUUCCGUGUUUAAACAGAUGUCAUUUUAUCCAUAUCGUUGUCAUGUAUUAUUCAACGCAAAAUUAAAGCAACAUUGUCAUUCCUAAAAAAUCCGUAGUUAUAUAGUUAAUUUAAAUUACAUGCAUAUAAAAACUGUAGUAACCAAACUAAAUCAUAACAUGCAUAUAAAAUUAAUAUAGCUAAAUUGUUGGUAAUUGCAACGAAUUAAAAAUGUCUGGCCCAACCCUUAUUCAAGUGAAUCGUCGGCGAUGGUGGAUCGCAAUUACUUCAGUCAUCGAGAACUUAAUGUUUGCUGCUGUGCUGCUGGGAUGGAGCUCCUUGCUUUUAAUGUUGAAGAACGAGGGUUUUUACGCAAACCUAUGCGUGGUCCCUGAUGACCAUGAUAAUAUCACGUCAACAAACACUACGUCACCAAACGCAACGUCAUCGAAUACGACGUCAUCAAAUUUAACUCAACAUACCGAAGAUGAAAUCUUCUUCACGCCGUCCGGCUACCCCACCUGCGCCGCACAAGACGAGAUACUGAAUCGAUAUUUUUCCAUCGGUUCAAGCCUACUGAGCGGUGUGACUGUAAUCUUAGGAGUGAUAAUGGACAAGUAUGGAUCUAGAAUGAUCCGACUUUCGGGAACACUUGCGUUCAUGACCUCGUGUGUUUUGUUUGCAAUCGGCUCACUCGACACUGAACAUUACAGUAUUCUUAUUGUUCCUGCAAUAUGUUUGAACGGCAUGGGUGGCGUGGUUUAUAUAUUCACAAGUUUUCCAGUUCCAAAUCUUUUCGCUGAACUAAGGUCAACUAUGAUCGCGCUCAUGAUCGGGUCUUAUUCGGCGUCUGCUGUCAUGUAUAUGUUGUUUAAGGCAGCGUACGAUGCGGGUGUUUCAUUUCAGGCGAUCAUGUGUUUCCAUGCCUCUGUGGGGUUUCUAACUUUUCUAAAUUGUUAUUUCAACUGCCCAGGCGAGCCAAUACCGGGUCCGGACGACAUUAGCUACGCAAUCAAACUUCACUUCAGCGCUUUUCGUUUCGAACACAAAAUCACCGGCAAGUCUUUCUUACGUCACACAAGCACAGUGGGACGUCGAAUGAGCAGCGUGGACAUAGCACCUGUGGAGAACCAUAACUACCUCACAUCCGUUGACGACAUGAGAAAAGGGGAAAACAAUAAUUCUUCCGAAUCUGAUUCUUUCCUGCGUGUCCUCGCCACCCCUUGUAUAUUAUUAAGCUUCGUCACCAUGUGCCUCACACAGUUACGACUCAUUGCCUACAUGGGAUCCUUGGAAGUCUACCUAAAGUCUUCUGCUGAGAAACUUGAACUGAGCCCUGAGGAAACUAUUGAAACAGUUGACUUUUAUACAUUUCUAUUUGGUCUUUUCCAAAUCAACUGCUUUUUCAUGGCGCCCGUUAUUGGGACUAUCAUGGAUUGGAAAUUAAAAGUAAAAGCCCAGAAACCAAAGAAGAGAGCCAUCCUGGAAUCUGAGAAAGAUGAGCAUCCAUCGGAGAAUGGAAACGGGCACGCAAACGGCCACGCACAAACCAACGGCAAAGUCCCACACAAUAGAGAAUGUCCUGAACAACAAAUCAAGCACAACAGAAAACAUCAACAAGUUAUGAACCUUGCCCGCGCUUUCAUGCUUACCAACAUACUGCUUGUGCUGUUUGGUAUCAUUAUAAUGUUUGAGGAAGUUUUGCCUAUUCAGGUUGUGGCGUUUAUUAUCCACACAGCAGUUCGUACCUUUCUGCAUUCAUCGAUCGGUGGACUUUACGCAUGCAUGUACCACUUCUCACAUUUCGGAAAACUUACCGGCCUCGCAUCUUUUCUAUCAGCAAUGUUCAUUCUCAUACAAGAUCCUCUAUUUGUCGUUGUUAACUCGACUUUGGGCGGUGAUCCUUUCUGGAUCAACUUCGUUCUUUUGAUUCUGAGCGUUACUGGCUUCGGGUUGCCAAUCUAUCUGUGGAACUAUGCUCGUAAAAUGAAUGCGUAUGAACCUGUGGAAAACACGCGUGAAAUGUUUACGAUUGGCGAAGACGAAGAGGAGGAUCCAGCUAUUGCAUUUGAGAGACCGGACGAUCAAGAUGUCGUUGUUAGCAGCAUGGCUCUCGCGUUUUAGAUUGUUACGUCACUGUGAAAGGAUUGUUUAAGAACAAUUGCUAACGGCAACAACAAGAAACUGUACAAAACGCAGUGUUAAUUAUUCGUGUACGAACUAAAAACUUGCCACUGAUCAGACAUUUUGUACCACGAGAAGAUUGGUUUGUAAUUGUCCAUUUUAUCAGCAUUACUUUAAAAAGAAAUUGUUCGAAUCCUUAGGGUUGGGGCUGGAACUUGUAAAUGUCCAUGUAAGAUUGGAUACCUUCCAUUAAAUCAAACAUGCUGAAUAGCUUACGAUUCCAAUCUAAUUGUUCGUAACCAGAGUUUGAAAACGUCUUUGUUAAAAAUUCAUCAUCGUGCAAUAAACUGUGUUUGACGAA